AUGGCAUCAUCGCCCCUAUCAUGCUCGGCUUCUGACCUCUACCCCCUCCUGGGCGAUGCUGCCAAUGCCACCGCUGCUGCAGAAUUCAUUUGUGGCCGCUUUGAGGCCAUCUCCAACAAAUUCGUAGAUACAGGCUAUGCAUUGGAUAAUACCUACCUUCUCUUUUCUGCAUACUUGGUCUUCGCAAUGCAGCUCGGGUUCGCCAUGCUCUGUGCUGGUUCUGUCCGAGCGAAAAACACAAUGAACAUCAUGCUAACAAAUGUUCUUGACGCUGCAACCGGGGGUCUUUUUUACUAUAUCUUUGGUUUUGCUCUUGCAUUUGGCACACCAUCAAAUGGAUUCAUCGGCCGACACUUCUUUGGCCUUAGCGAGUUCCCGUCAUCAUCGUUUGAUUACGGUUACUUUCUCUAUCAAUGGGCUUUUGCUAUAGCAGCAGCAGGAAUCACAAGUGGUUCAAUAGCAGAAAGAACUCAGUUUAUUGCUUAUUUGGUAUAUUCCUCUUUCUUGACUGGUUUGGUUUAUCCCAUUGUUUCACAUUGGUUCUGGUCUGCUGAUGGCUGGGCUAGCCCUGCAAGAGCAGAAAAUCUCCUGUUUGGUACUGGGGUUAUCGAUUUUGCUGGAUCUGGUGUUGUCCAUUUGGUUGGUGCCAUUGCUGGUUUGUGGGGUGCAAUCAUUGAAGGUCCCCGUAUUGGCCGGUUUGACCAUUCUGGUCGUGCUGUUUCUCUACGUGGACACAGUGCCACAUUGGUUGUUUUAGGCACUUUCUUGUUGUGGUUUGGUUGGUAUGGAUUCAAUCCUGGUUCAUUUAUCAACAUCUUGAAAGCUUAUGGUGAAAGUGGGUCCUAUUAUGGACAAUGGAGCGCUGUUGGGAGGACAGCGGUGACCACAACUCUAGCAGGUAGCACGGCUGCAUUGACCACUCUCUUUAGCAAGAGGCUGUUGGUUGGUCACUGGAAUGUCACUGAUGUUUGCAAUGGCUUGCUUGGCGGGUUUGCUGCCAUAACUGGUGGGUGCUCUGUUGUCGACCCAUGGGCGGCAGUUCUUUGCGGUUUUGUAGCUGCUUGGGUUCUUAUUGGGUGCAACAAGCUGGCUGAGAAGUUCCAUUACGAUGAUCCUUUGGAGGCAGCACAGCUUCAUGGAGGCUGUGGAUCUUGGGGGAUUAUAUUUACUGCAUUGUUUGCAAAGGAGGCCUAUGUGAAUGAGGUUUAUCCAGGCCAACCAGGGAGGCCUUAUGGAUUGUUCAUGGGAGGUGGCGCUAGGCUCUUAGCUGCUCAUAUUGUCCAGAUAUUGGUGAUUGUGGCUUGGGUGAGCGUCACUAUGGGGACAGUGUUUUUUUUUCUGCAUAAGUUGAAGCUUUUGAGGAUCACAGCAGAAGAAGAGAUGGCAGGAAUGGACUUGACGAGCCAUGGUGGGCUUGCUUAUGAGUAUAAUGAUAAUGAAGAAGAAAUUAAAAAGCAGCUAGGUGUUGCCUGA